AUGCACGGAGAACCCGACUAUAGAUUUAAGGUAGUUGUUAUUGGUGCACCUGGAUCAGGUAAGACAGCUAUUGUUGAUCAGCUCAUCGAAAAGAAAUUCAACGAGAAGCCAAAAACAACAGUUGGCGUUGAUUAUCGCCCAUAUCGCGUUGAAGUAGAAGAAUUUGUAUUACAGCUCGAACUUUGGGAUACUGCAGGCCAAGAAGCUUACAAAGCUGUUGCUAAAACAUACUUCAGAGAUGCAGUUGGUUGUGUCCUUGUUUUUGAUGUUACUUCACAGAAUUCCUUUGAUGAACUUAGCUUUUGGUUAACACAAUACCGUGAAUUAGCUGAUCCAAAGUCAGUCAUUAUUCUGGUAGGUAAUAAAGUUGAUUUGGCAAAUGAUCGUGUUAUUUCACAAGAGACAGGUGAAAACUAUGCCAAGUCUGGCAACAUGCUCUAUUAUGAAACAUCUGCAGUUACAGCUCAGAAUAUUCAAGAUGUUUUCCAGAAGCUCGGUCACGAUAUUUUCAAACUUGUCCGUGGAGGAGAAAUGUUUGUAGAUCAGAGUGGCCAUGCAACUACAAAGCCACAAGAAAAGAAGACAGCUGCUCAAAGAAGUGUUGAAUUAACAGCUGAAAUGGAAGGAAUGAACUCUGGUUGUGCUUGCUAA